AUGGGUUUGGGAGUUCUAUUCGACUUUAGAUGCGUGGGCGAGGGUCGGAUGUACCAUACGCAAGCGGUGACCUUAAUGCGUCUUGCUGAUUUGCCCGCUGGAUUUGCCUCCGCGGCGUCCUUUGUCGAUUUGCCCGCUUCUAUCGACAUCGUACCUUUGCGUCCAGAUUUCUCAAUCAAUGUCGAAAUCUACUGUCUUCAGACAGGUGCAGAUAAGGACAACGACACAAUUAGCGGUUGCGGUCUUCUUUCUACUCCCCUCUCAAGGUCUGUUAGGGCAUCUGCUCUCGCAGUCUCACCCAUCACUUCUUCGGCGAAAAAGUGCUUGGGAAUUCGUAACCUUCUUUCUUCAAAAUCUCGCAAGCAAAAGCGUCGAUUCUCCGGCGUCCCCACUGAUCUAUCGGCCGCCUUCACCCUCCUCUCCUCAGUUCAAAUUCACCACACUGAUGAUCUUCUCUAUGGCAGGUACCCACCAACAAGGGAUCUUUUUUCAUCUGUCGUCCAGUCUGAAGUUUUGUCCGGUGUAGAAAUGCCCCUAAUGUUGCUUGGUCUACCCAGAUCGACUCCACUUACUGGGCGUGUUGGAAUGUGUGAUGUUGCGGUGAGGCUCCAAUCAUCGGUUCUGAAACGAGGUUUCUUGACCAUUUUCGACGAAUCUGGAGGCAUGGGUGUCUGGACCCGAUGUUGGUGCAAACUCACUGCGGACCAGCUGGUCUACUGGCGUUACCCGGAGGAUGAAGAGGCGGGAGGAAGACCUAUUGGACGUCUCGACAUGCGAUGUAUUGUUCACCCAUGGGCUGUCCAGGCUCCACGUAAAAUAUGCGUCCGUGCGAACUCUAUCUACAUUCGAUCGUUGAUUAGUAUCAGCCCUAAUCUAGUUCCCCUAAUCAAGGAGGAUAAUGAGAGUUGUGCCACCAGGAGUAUUCUUUUUCAUGCCUCUACUGAUAACCGGUGGAUGGAACAACGCCAUCUAAUGUGUGCUGAUUCCGUGGCAGAAGUAGAUUCAUGGGUGAAGGAAUUCAACCGAGGUAUACAAGUUCUUCAUCGUUGGAUGCCCGAACACUUCACACGUUUGGCUCACUACGACGCGAAUCUGACCUGCACCGAGCCCGUCUCUGCCAAAUUUGCCACCAGAUUCAAGUGUUCACCCUCUCAUCAGUAA